AUGUUAACCUUACGCCGAGAUGGCACAUGUCUGAAAUUAACAUCAUGGGCGGUAUACGAGUUCGACAAUGGCGAAUUCGACGUGAAAUUGGCUCGCUCGUACUUUCCAGCCCUGAAAAGCUGCAUUGAGACACACCCUCAGAUGAUGAUGGUGAUGAAAGGAAAAGAUACAAAUGAGCCUUUUUGGGAGGUGGUGCCACAUCUCAACCUUGGAGACCAUGUAUCGAUCCUUGCCGAACAAGCCGUGGACAAUACAGGCGAAUCCGCCGCCAUCGAGAAAGUCUUGCCAUCUAUCGUCGAUCAAAAGUUCACUGAUCCGUCCUCACCUCCAUGGAAACUAUUUGUGCUGCCAUUUGCGUUUGCGAGCAAGCCUCGUUGCUUCAUCGCGUACGUCACCUCCCAUUCGGUCGCGGACGGUAGAUCCGGAUACAUAUUCCAUCAAACGUUCCUGGACGCUUUGCAAAAGUCCGCCGGUGUCCAGCUGGAUGAUACCGUUAUAAAAGCGUCUCAGGCACCGCUUCCUGAGCCCUUUGACACCCCGGAGAGGCUUCCUAUUUCCCCUGAAUUUAUGAAGUCUUUGGCCAACGCCAACGUCGUUGAUGGUAAUACGUGGACUGGUUCCUCCAUCUUCCUUGGGCCUGCAGGCUUGCAAACUGGAUUGCGAAUUAUCGAAAUUGGGAAUGAUCAAGUGAAGGCCGCUCUACACGCCGCACGUACACAUGGUACGAAGCUCACAGGCUUGUUCCAUCAGCUCGUCGUGAGGGCGUUAAGCAGGGCUAUUCCGAGUGAGAAUGGCACAAAUUUUGCCUCACAAAUUGCAAUCGACAUGCGAGCCGCGAAUGGCUCUCCAUCAGCAUGGGGCAACUUUGUAUCAGGUGUAUCUCAUUCUAAUCUACGUACAGACUCAACUAAGCCUAUCUCUGAUGAGACUUGGGCCGACGCCAAAGUCAUUUCUGACAAGCUUGCGGAAUGCAGCUCGCGACUAGAGGAUCAAAUGAUCGGUAUGAUCAGAUUUGUCCCGGAUCAUCGCGCCUCUAUGACACAAAAACUGGGUGCAUCUCGUGAUGCGUCUUUUGCACUGAGUAACGUUAACGCGUUUAGUGGCAAUACUGAGGGAGGCGCAUGCAAAAUCUGCAAAUUAUUGAUGACAACAUCAGCCGCUGUUCCCAGUGCAACCCUUAGCAUUUGUAUUGCCAGCGUUAAGAAUGGUAAUUUGACCUGUGUCAUAACAUGGCAGAAGGGCGCCUUAGGAUGUCCGUCGGAGAAAGAGGCUGCGCUUCUCGACGAUAUUUGUUAUUCCAUAAAACAUGACUUUGAAAGUUUGGCUGCAUAG